UUGGUAAGGGAUAGAAGGAGGAGGAGGAGGAGACAACAUCGGACUAGAAGAUAAGUCAGGAUGCAGAACGUGGGGAACGGUAUGGUUCCAGGAUUCGGGAAUGGAGUAGCAUUCGGGGGAGGAAAUCAACCGGGCGGUGCAACAUUCGGGGGAGGAAAUCAACCGGGUGGAGUAGUAUUCGGGGGAGGAAAUCAACAAGGGAGCAUAACGUGUCAUAUUUGUGGAAAAGUCGGGCAUUAUGCCCGAAACUGCUGGAUGGCAGGCAAUGGGAGGGGUCCGUUAGUUCAGCAAUCUGCUUCGAACAGUAUGGAUGACGAAACGAAGGAAAUGCGAGAGUAUUUUCGGGAGAAAAUCAGGAGGAAGAAGAUGGAAGAAGACAAGAGAGUGAGGGAAGAGGAGGAGAGGCGACAAAAGGAGGAGGAGUUUCGGAGAGAGCAAGAAAGGAUGAGAGAUGCUGAAGCUCGAGAGGCGAAACUGGAGGCACGUUUGAUUCGGCUUCUAGCUCAGCAUAACAAAACUGCCGCGCAACCGGAGAGUUCGAACGUGAGGAAGAAAUCACCUAAGACAAAGGCCAGAGUACUUAGAGAAAUCAGGAGCUACCUGGACGAAUCAGACGACGAGAGUGAGGAAGUGAGAGAGGAGGCGGGGAAGUUAGUAGAGGCGAUCGAGAUGAGGAAGGGCAAGAGGAAGAUCUACAAGGACGAGGGGAGAGGUUCGAGGAUCCAGUCGCAAAGGAUGGGUUACCAGGAGGAGCCGGUGAGGAUCGAAGACGAUGACGAGGAGAAAACACCACCACCGGCGAAGCGAAGGAACGAAGAAGAAUCCGGAAUCCUUGAAUUUGCUAUCGAACUUCACAAGCACUUGUCGGAGAAGAAGGUUCCGUAGCUGCGAAAGUUGUGCAGURGGGAGGGGAUCGAGUGGUCAAAGAGGGACACAACGAUUGGGGAGUUGGUGAAGUGCAAGGCGAAGUUAGCUUACGGCAAAUUUACGGAAAGUGGUCGCAUCUCUGAUUUGUUCGAGAAAUGACGUGCAUGGAGCAACUGAMGGAGGAGAUGGUAGCACGGAGGAAGGCAGUGGAGGAGAAGGGAGGGAGAUUGAAAGCGAGCGAGGAAGACAGGAUAUUUAGACUAUUCCUACUUUGCGUC